CCAGGGGCGGACUGACCAUUUGGAAACUCGGGCACUGCCCGAGGGCCCGGGGUCAGUAGGGGGCCCCAUGAGAUGCACCUGGUACCUUUUUCAUAGGCUUUUUUGAGUUUGGGCAAGGACACAGUGGCCCCAUGAUCCCCUAUUGCCCGGGGGCCCCAUGAGUUGUCAGUCCGCCCCUGUUUUCCGCCCCUGCUCAUCCGUGUGUUCUAGGUUCCAGCCGGUGAACACAUCCAUCUCUCCUCAUAACAUGUCGCCCAGU